ACCCUUAAGAUUUUCAUCAUCGACAUAUUGAGAUGGGCUUAAUUUCACCUUAAAGUUGACCGAUUAGCUUCUAGAUUUUCGAUGGACUUACUAUGGUCCAAUUGUUCUACGCUAGUAGUCACCUUAACGCCUCCUUGUCGUCUGCCGUAUUUUUUUUGUUGCCCCUUCCUAAUUAUAUUUCUUGUUGAAUUCGUCGUCUUGUCGACUACCACCUUUUUAUUAUAACUUUCGUUAUAAACUUGUAUUGUCCUCCUUAAUUCCUUACUUACACAAUUCCUUUAUCCAUACUUUGCACUAGCUAGCUUUGAUACAAUAACUGAACUCAAUUCACUAGUUCCUCAUCGUUUAUUAGAGCCAAUAUAUCCACUAGAGGCUUGCUCUAGGUAGAAUUUAACAUAUGUCACCCACAUCUUUUACUCAUGUUGAAGCUUGGCCAUGUCCUUAAUAUGUUAGUUUAGGUUUUGAUCACUUGAAUCCGUGCAGGUUAUUGUGAGAGGUUAGCACGUAUCAAUAAUUAUCCCAUCCUAGGCCAAGUUUAAUCCAGAACGCAUUCCCGUAUAGUGGCAAUCAAGGUCGUAUUCUACUGGUGUUCUUGUACCCUAGCUUACUUAUCACCUAGUUGCUAAUUAGUUAAUCGGUUUUUGAGGUUUUGAGUGGAGGAUAUGAGGAAACACUAGUCUAAAGAUUGAUCAAAGCUAAAAACAGGUCUUCGGGGAACUAUACCUCCCCCUAGCUUAGGGUUAGGUUAUUACUAUGCAUAUCUAGAUACUUAGGAUCAUCGAAUAUAGUGAGUGAGCUAUUUUUUGUGGGCUUUCGUGGUUAUCCACACACUUUCCACUACAAGAAAUUUGACCUUAAAUGACAAAUUAAUUUUGUUGUCAUAAAAUAUUUGUCAUAUUAGGCAACCAACUAUGAAAAAAACGGACUUGUCACAUUUAAUUGACUAUAUGCGACAAAAUUUAUAUUUGUCAUUUAAAGUUGUCAUAAUAGAGUUAUAUUGUGACAAAUUUUUUGUUGUCAUUAUAAUUUUGUCACUAUAUGUUUUAUUUACCGCGCAAAUACGGCUACUGAAUGACAAAACACCCCGUCACCUUAUGGUUUGUCACAUUAUGUUCAAAAAAUCCUCUGAUAUGACAAUAGAAUUUGUCAUAAUAUGGCGUGCAGAAUGAAAUAAAAUUUUUCUUUACAUUUUUUUAGAAUUUCUAUUUUUCGUUCACAAUUCCAUUCAACGGGACUAUUAUUCCCCUUCCCUCCAAGAUGAUAAAAAUCCCCAAUCCUCUCUAACCCUUAAGCUCCAAGAACAGAAACCCCAAUUCCAUCUCCACUACGAAUUGAAAAGUCCAAACCCCUCUCCCCACAUCCUCUUCAGCGAUUCAUCUGGCUACAUUCUCCUCCCUGCGAAUCGAUUGUCCGGUAAGUCUCGUUCUUCUCCUCGCCCUGGACUCCUUUUCCUCUGCGAUUUUGGUGUUGAUUUGCAUGGUGGAUACCUGAUUCCGAUAAAAUCAGAGUUGGGUUCCUCAUGUUUCUUCUUCUAUCUCUGUCGUUCAUAGGCGCUCUUGCACAGGGGUAGGGAUUUCCCUCUGAAUCCACAGUCUCCGAUUAACCAAGUUGAAACUCUGCUUCGACGGCCUGCCUUUCCUGCCGCGAGUUCCCUCCGUCGAUAAUUCGAGUAAGUUUGGCCAUCGAUUUUGUGUAAGCCCAGUGUAUGGAUUGGCUUACAUAAAUAACUGUUAGAAAUUUUUUGGAGCUAGUACGCGAGAUGAGUUAAUUUGAUGCAAUGGAUUUGGAUGAAGGCGACAUUUUUGAAAAGUUGUUUUUGAUGGGGAUGGUGGUUGUUUCUGAAACGCCAAUGUGCCAUGCCUUACACCGGUCGUUCUCUAGCUUGUUGAUGGUUGUGAAGUCUGAAUAUGGUGUUGAGUGCUGCCCAUUUUAUUUGAAAUCUGCUUUGAUUUCCUCCGUACUUAGCCACUUGAAUGUGUUACGGAGAUGUAGAAAAAAAGUAAAUGUUUAGGUUUUGGAGGUAAAGAAUCAUUAUCAGAUAACCUUUUUUAUAUCAGUAAGGUGCCUUCUGAAUAGCCUUAGUGAAGGUAGGUACUAUGUUCUAAUCAGUCUUGUAUUAUGCCAUAGAAAGCCUUCAGAAUCUGAAAAAUGAUUGAAAAGAUUAGUCCUUCUGAUUAUUACCUCAGCUACCCAGAUGUUGAAUUAGUAAUUCUGAUGACUUCCCUUGAUCUUGUUGAUUCUGAAACGCGUAUGAUUUGAAACACCAUGCUUUUUGGGUUUAACUAAGAUGACUAUCUCUCUGGUGUACUGUUUAUCUCCUUUUUAAGUUCAAAAAAGCAUAAUUUGUUUACUAGAUUUGAGUUACUUUGAACUGAUUUCAAAGUUUAAUACUACAUGCAGGUUAUUUGUCUCUUUGGUCGAUUACAACCUGCUGUGGCAAGUUACAGACUGCAAUCAAAGGCCAGUUAUACCUUAACGCGUAAUGAGUCAUGAGUGGAUAAUGCUCAAAGAUCAUUGGUGUGCUGAUUAUGAGUUGGGUGUUAAUGAGUUCAUGGAAGCUGCUUCUAAGCAUGUUGAUGCAAUUGGUAGGGUUAGAUGUCCGUGCAAGAACUGCAAUAAUCUACUUUAAGACAUUAGUCCAGGUGCAGGGAGACAUAUUUAAGCAUGGCAUGGUCGAGACAUAUAAAACGUGGGUCCAUCAUGGUGAGUCUUAUGGUGUUAGUAGUAGUGGUGAAAACCCACCGACUGAGUCUGACGAUGUUCAUAAUGAAGAGAGUGGGUUACAGACUGAAAUGUCUGAAAUGUUGGGUGAUUUUGGUAGGGCUAAUGAGUGUCUAACAACCGUUAAACCUUCCCACGGUCCUAAUAAUAAUGGUGCAUUGGCAAGGCUCCUCAAAGAUGCCAAUUGCCCUCUUUACCCUUAAUGCCAAAAAAAAAUUCAAAACUGUCAUAUGUUAUGAAAAUGAUGAACAUCAAGAUACAGACAAACAGUAGUGAUAAAGCAUUCAACCAAUAUCUUGAAUUAAUCAAUGAAGGUUUACCGAAUGGGGAAACACUUCCCACUUCAUUCUAUGAGGUGAAGAAGUAUAUGCGUGAUCUUGGAUUUGGUUACACCAUCAUCGAUGCAUGUCCCAAUAACUGUGUUCUGUAUAGGGGACAGCUUGAAGCUGCUCGAGAAUGCCCAAAAUGUAAAGAACCUAGGUUUAAAUCUGGUAAACAGAAAGAUGUUGCCUUAAAGAGAGCUAGAUACUCCCCCAUUAUGGAUAGGUUGCAGCAGUUGUUCACUACCAAAGAUCUAGCAAAAGAUAUGCGGUGGCACAAGGAUAAACGCGUUGAUGAUGAUAUGCUUAGGCAUCCAACUGAUGGUAAAACGUGAAAGGAUUUUGAUCGGGAUCACCCUUGGUUUGUUGCGGAUCCCAGGAAUGUCAGACUAGCGCUUCUUAGUGAUGGGUUUAACCCAUUCGGUAACAUGAGCAACAGCUACAGUAUGUGGCCUGUUGUCUUAACCCCGUACAACUUACCUCCUUGGUUAUGUAUGACCGACCCUUUUUUUUCCUCAGUGUCCUGAUUCCUGGUCUCGAAUACCCCGGGAAUAACAUUCAUGUCUAUCUAGAACCCAUUAUAGAACAGUUGAAUGAGUUGUGGCAUGAUGGGAUUCUUACAUAUGAUGCUCAUGCAAAUGAAUCUUUUCAAUUGCAUGCUGCAUUGCUGUGGACCAUCAAUGAUUUUCCUGCAUAUGCCAUGCUUUCUGGGUGGAGCACUAGGAAUUAACUAGCCUGCCCAGUGUGCAACAUUGAGACUUGUUCUCAACAUUUGGAAUAUGGAAGCAAGGCAUGCUACAUGGGGCAUCGAAGGUGGUUGGACAAAGAUCAUCGUUGGAGGAGGAGUAAUAAGUUCAAUGGGAAGCCAGAACACAGAAACAAAUCUAAGCAAUUAUCAGGGGAAUAGAUACUGCAACAGGUUGAAGCUGCGUUCAGUGGGGAUGUUUCUGUUCAUGAUGGUGUGAAACGGAAAAGGAGUGUUGCGGAGGACAGGUUCAAUUGGAAAACAAGAUCUUCGUUUUGGACUUUGCCAUAUUGGAAGUCUAUUGACUUGUGGCAUAACAUAGAUGUCAUGCAUGUGGAGAAGAACAUUAGUGACAAUGUUAUCGGGACGAUGAUGAGCAUUGAUGGGAAAACAAAGGAUACACCAAAUGCUCGCAUGGAUUUAAAACAAAUGGGCAUUAGGAAGGAAUUACAUUUAAUUCCUGUUGGUGAUAAUUUUAAGAUGCCACAAGCCUUAUACACACUAACAGAGCUGCAACGUAGUGAAUUCUGUGACUGGUUGAAAUUUGUAAAAUUUCGCAAUGCUUAUGCAUCAAACCUAUCCCGGUGUGUGACUACUGAUGGUAAGUCGGUGACGGGGUUGAAAAGCCACGAUCACCACGUAUUUAUACAACGAUUGCUGCCUGCUAUUGCUAAUGGUUUCUUCACAAAAGAAGUUUACACUAUUUUGGCUGAGUUGAGUGGUUUUUUUUGGAGAGUUGUGUUCCAAAACGAUAUCCAAAGCCACUGUAAAAAAUUUGGACCACAACAUACCUCUCAUUUUGUGUAAGCUUGAGAUGUUAUACCCUCCAUCUUUUUUCGUGGUUAUGAUGCACCUUCCCGUUCAUCUACCCCAUGAGGUAGAACUUGGUGGACCGAUACAGUAUAGGUGGAUGUAUCCCAUGGAAAGGUAGCCUUUUUCCUUUAGUUUUUCGUUCACACCAUACUCUAAUUUGUUAACCCACUAUGUCCUUAACCUUAUUUUAUGGGCUGUUGUUUUUGUGUACUUAGGUUUCUUGGUACCCUUAAAAGUUUUGUUCGAAAUAGGGCUAACCCUGAGGGAUCCAUUGCAGAAAGAUAUAUUGCAAAAGAGUGCUCCGAUUUUUGUUCUAGAUACUUGGAAGGGUUUGAAACAAGGUCUUCUAGUCCUAACCGUAAUGAUGAUGGGUUUGAAGGUGUUGAGUCUGAUGGCUUUCGUGUUUUUACCCAACAAAGUAGAACACUAGGAGCUACUCGUUAUGACCCGAUUUCAGUAGAAGAAUUUGAGCAAACUCAAUGGUAUAUCCUUAAUAAUUGCGAUGAAAUUGA